AAGAAGGGCAACGUUGGUCAUUACUUCGCUCGUUUGCAACAAAGAGGCGAAUGUGCCUUUCCUGCUGAUAAAGUGAAGAAUAUGCGCUCACCUGUCGGACUACUCGCUGUUGUAGUUGCGGCCAGCUUGUACCUGUACUCGUUGUCGUUGUACCUGCCUGCGGCCCCGCGGCGACGUCCUCAUCCACCUGCCGAGGACAACAAACAUGUGGAGACAGCGGAGUCCGAGCAGCAGCCUGCUGACAGCUCCGGAGAACCGAGCAGGUUGAAGUUCCCCUCUAACUUGGAGGAGCUGAGGGAACUGUCUGAGCUGCUGCAGUUUUACAAGACUGAGCACACUGGAUAUGUCCUGCUACUCUUCUGCAGUGCAUAUCUCUACAAGCAGUCCUUUGCCAUUCCUGGAUCCUCGUUCCUGAACGUUUUAGCCGGAGCUAUAUUUGGACCAUAUCAAGGACUGCUGCUAGCCUCUGUGCUCACCACUGUGGGCUCCACCAUGUGCUACCUCCUGUCCAAGGCCUUCGGAAAGCGCUACAUCACUAACCUCUUCCCCGAUAAAGUCGCCUUGCUCCAAGGGAAGAUUGAGGACAACCAGGAUAGUUUGUUUUUCUUUCUGCUCUUCCUGAGAUUAUUUCCCAUGACUCCCAACUGGUUUCUGAACAUGGCUGCCCCGAUUGUCAACAUCCCCAUCACCUUCUUCUUCUGCUCAGUUUUCAUUGGCCUCCUGCCGUACAACUUCAUCUGUGUGCAGACGGGCGUCAUGCUGUCUGAGGUGGCGUCGUUGGAUGACUUGUUCUCGUGGGAGAGGCUACUUCAGCUGCUGGCCAUCGCCUGCAUGGCUCUGCUGCCCGGCGCUCUGAUCCACAGGCUCAGUCAGAACCGUCUCAAACUGGAUGGCCAACCGCAGAACGGGCUCAUCAUAGAUAAGAAGGUCCAGUGAUUUUCUCUUCUGGGAAUGAGUUUGUUGCCUGGCGCCUUGAGGCCCUUUACCCUCAAGGGUGAAUGUAUUUGAAGUGGUGAGUUUUUAGAGAAAUGUGGCCGACCUACAUGAUUUUCUUUUAUUUGGAGUGCUUUAAGUUUCUGGAGCAGCAGAGCUUUUGGGAAAAUAAGAAUGGUGCAUUGGAAUUUGAAGCCAAGUAUUUUGUAUCCCCAAAUGUUUGUGUUCCCUGCCACAACUUUUAUGGACAGAGUAUAUGUGUAUAUGUAUGAAUGUACAGUGAUGUGGAGAAAGGAAAGAAGACUUUGCCCUUUCUCUAUCAUUAUACUGCAGGAGUUUCAGUCUAAACGGAUAACGUUUUAACCUGUUGUGCAGUGAUAGGUUCAAACUUCUACCUCCAACAUGGAUGAAAACAUGGAAAUAUUUGCGUGAAUAAUUUGAUUUAUAACAGAAAAUGUUGAAGCAAUUGUUCAACUGGAGUUUUGUAUUUUUCUUGUUUGACAAUCACAUUUAGCAAUUUCAGUACAAAUUGUAAAUCAGUGUGUUGGACCAUUUUUACUCUUUAUACUCUGAGCACAAAGUUUUAUAAAUUGUGUAAUUUGG